GGGUGUCGAAACAUCGACUGUCGAUGUUUGGAUCAAAACUUGACAGAAGGGGAACAGGCAAGACAUUGUGGAAGCUCCUGAGCUGGUACAAUGAGGGGAUCAUUUGUCUUAGGUUUGUUAAUAUGCAUCGUUAAUGCGGAAGAUAUACUUGGGCCCCGUGGCCCACGACCUAACAAUCAGGGAACUGCAAGAUCUUCAUGUUCAGACGAGAAGAAAUGGCCAAUCUGUACUGAUGAUGACUUGGGGUCCAAGUGUCCGUCUGGGUGCAGAAUGCAAGGAUUAAUAUACGUUCAAAAUCAACAAAAUGAUGACCGGGUUCGAGAUAUCCGUGAGAAUUUGGAAAGUCAUUCCAAAACGUUUGGGAAUACUCAGAUCACUGUGACUAACGCUGUCAACAGAAUGAGACAAUCUCUGGAAGGAGAGCAAAGAUUUGGUGACACCUACUAUCGGCAAGUAGAUCAUCUGAAUUCCAGACUUGUCAUUUUACAGAACAUCAUCAAUCAUCAAAUUUAUAGAAUAAACCAACUACGAAACAGCAUUUUGAAACAGUUCACUGACAUUACAAGACUGGAGGUUGACAUUGAUAUCAAGAUACGAGCUUGCAAAGGAUCUUGUAAAAAAUCGUUCGUUUACCGCAUUGAUGAAGAAAAUAAUGCACGACUGGAGAAACAUUUUCGAUCUCUGACUUCACUCAAAAUUGAUCCGAUUCAAUACAGAAAACCAUCACACACAUUCAAAUUGAAAACUGUAACUGGAACCUCGAGCCUGUUUAAAAGUGGGCUUCCAGACAGAGGAACAUAUCCUCAUUUCUGGGAAGAAGUAGAAACACAGGAAUUUACCCUGGAACCACUUACUAAAGAUACUGAAAGUGUUCCUUGUGAUCAAACCUUUUGUCCAACUCCACAAUCAAAUGUAAAAAUAGUGACUGAUGCAAGUGGUGGAAGUGGCAUAUAUUCGGAGGGUGGUAUACAUUCUAGUGGAGAUGAGCACUCAGCAGUCACAAAAACUGAAUCAGGCCAUGGUUCACACAGUUCAACAUACACUUCACAUGGGUCUGUAAGUACUAAAACAAUCAGUUCAAAAGAUGGCGAAGUUACCAAAACAGUUACAACAGGUGUGUCUGAUACUGACCCUUCCUCAUAUGACCAUCUUUGGGAAGAAAUAAAAAGUCAUAUUAAGGGAGUUUAUCCUGACUUAACUAAUAGUGAGAAUCAUCGGACUUCAGGCACAAAAAUCACUACAUCUAAGACCGGUAGUCAAACAGUUCAUACAAAGACAUUCACACUCGGUGACGACUUAGAUGACAUUUCAAACCUCGGGGAAUACAGUGAUUUUAGCAAUUUAGAGGAGAGCGGGCCAAGUGCCGCAAUGGAGGGCAUUAGUGGGUCAACAAAAACAGUUACAGUUUCUCACGCAACUAAAACACAAAGCUGGUCCAGUGGCGGUAAUGCCAAGGGAUCCGUAGAUCUCCACGCUGCAGAUGAGCCCAGUGUUCCUGCUGGUGAAACUAAUGCCGAUGAGCAACCAAUCGCUUUGAAAUGUACGUCGGGGGCCGCUGUGGGCGAGUGUCGCUGUCGCCGGCGGGCGGGUGAGCCCAGCGUUGCCGCGGUGACCGCGGGCCUGAGCGAAGGCCGGGGACUCGCUCAAUCACUCGGCGCCGGGGACAAGGCGGCUGCACCUGCGUUGCCGACAGCCGGACCGCAGUCAUGGUGGAGACAACCUGGGAUUGCAAUUGUACUUUCUAUACCAUUUUUUCCAGGUGAAUAUUGGCUGGGAAAUGAUCGAAUCAGUGAAUUGACAAAACUGAGACCUUCUGUGCUCCUCUUUGAAAUGCAAGACUGGUCGGAUAACCGUGUGAAUGCCCACUAUAAUGCAUUUGUGGUACAGUCUGAAAUCAGCAAAUAUCGGCUUUCAGUCAAUGGCUAUUCAGGAGUGGCUGGCAAUACACUUAUGGAAGGGAGCAAACUGCUCUUUGUAAACCGAUCGAUGACUAUCCAUCAGGACAUGAUGUUCAGUACAUAUGACAGAGACAAUGAUGGAUGGUUACCCAAUGACCCAAGCAAGCAAUGCGCAAGAGAAGAUGGCGGUGGAUGGUGGUACAACAGGUGUCAUUCUGCAAAUCCAAAUGGUAGAUAUUAUUGGAACGGGCACUAUACAAAACAAAUGACAAAUCAUGGCACUGAUGAUGGAAUAGUGUGGAUGGACUGGAAAGGAUCAUGGUAUUCAUUGAAAAAGAUGAGCAUGAAAAUGCGACCAAUGUUCUCAAACUCAAAUCCACACAAUGAACAAAUACCUCAAUCGGUGCUCGAUGCAGCAUAAACUCAAACAUUUAAGGAAUGUGGAAGCAAAAAUAAAUAUUGCAUGUAUUUCACGUUGUCAUUUA